AGAGAGAGAGAGAGAGAUAUGGUGAUUGAUGAAGGAAGAAUGAUAAUCGGUUCAGAGGCAGCUCUAGCCUGGAACAGGUGUUGUGAAAGAAAGAAAAAAAAAUGCCUGAAGUUAUUUUGGUUAGAAAUAUAGAUAUAAGAAAAACUGCUUCAUCAACUUUGGAGCUGAGUGUACAUACACAACCAUGCAAUAGUUGUGUCUCCCCUGUGAAUGAAUACUCUCUCUCUCUCUCUCUCUCUCUCUCUCUCUCUCUCUCUCUCUCUCUCUCUCUCUCUCUCUCUCUCUCUCUCUCUCUCUCGCGAUGUGUGUGUGUGUGUGUGUGUGUGUGUAUGUGUGUUGAGGGGUGGGAGGAAUGUUAUUGGCAGUUCCUUGUGGCUGGAGCUAACCGGUAGGAUUUGUACCACAUAAUACAAGUUUUAACUCACUGGCCGUAUUGUAAGGUAUUUGACGAUCAUAGAGUGUUACCGUUUUUUUUUUUUUUUUUCUAUUUAUGGAACGUAUCUAACAUAAAAAAAAGUUUCAUAAGGAAAGUGUUUCAUGAUGACUUGCUUAGUAAGAUAAGUAGAGAUUAAAAAGCGUUGCACCGAACUGAGUGUGUGUCUUACUGGAAGCACUAUCAGUGAGUGAGUGUGAGAGAUAACUUUGAGCUUGAACGCGGGACGUGCGAUGCUCCAUGACGUGCGAUACCAUUCAGUACUGAUGAAAGAAAACCGCAUGGUUACCUGGCAAGAAAGGUGGAGACAACGCAGAACAUCAUGGCACCUACCAGACCUCCACUUUGACCUGGAGAAUCAUGCGUCUAAGUUGUUGCCCAAACCUGAGCGUCGGAUCUUGGUGCCGCUCUGUGGGAAGUCAGUGGAUGUUGAGUGGUUGUACAGAGAAGGGCACACAGUGGUGGGCAUAGAAGGAAUAGAGCAACCAAUAGUUGAGUUCUUCUCAGAGCGCAACUUGCCCUACACCACUGACCACUUGACGUGGGCUAAAGUGUUCAAGACGGAAGAUGAUCGACUUAGGAUGUACUGCUGUGACAUUUUCAAGAUGGAUAUGGAAAGCUUAGGAAAAUUUGAUGCAGUCUGGGAUAGGGCCUCGCUGGUUGCCAUAUAUGAGGAGGACAGAGAAAAAUAUGCCAAAGUGAUUAAGGCUCUACUAGCUCCAGAUUUUCGUUAUCUGAUUAGCACUACUCAGUAUACUCCACUUGAAGUUUAUAGUGGACCACCAAGGAACAUUCCAACAGCAUUAGUGGAGAAACUGUUUAGUGAUGUGUGUGAGUUGCAAGUGCUGGAGGAAACUACCAGGCCCAAAGAAGUCAUCGAGCAGUGGGGUUUUGAUUACUAUGUUGAGACUGCGCUGCUGCUCACUCCACGGUCAUGAGCCAACACUGGACUUCCUUAUAAAGUGGUGUAUGAUGAUGAUGAUGGUAAGGAUGGUGAAGUUGACAUUUACCACACUAAACAAUUAUUCACUAUAUCUGAGGAACUUCUCAAUAUUAACAUUUUAUAACUUAGAAUAAGUUAAUAAUAAUACCCAUUGCCAUUUUGUCAUCAUCAAUGUUAUGUUGCUUUCAGAAAUCAAUUAAUAUGUUUUCGACGUGCUUCUGCCGUUUAUUGAAAAUAAACUUUAUACUGUUAUGUUAUAUUAGGUUGACUUUAAAUCUCAAGCACAUUCAAUCUGUAAACCUACUUCAAUGGCAUUGUUGGUGACAGAGAGGCCCCAGUGUUGGUGUUAUCACAGAAGGUGUUGUCCACGUGCCUUGUUCAAGUUUAGGCCGGGUCAAGUGGUUGUGUCUGAGAAUCAGAAGAGGGGUAAUGUGGCCUCUCUUUUAGGCUAACACCUAGCUUUAUUACCUGUAAUACCUCCACUCAGGUAUUAUUAUAUUUACUUUUAUGUGUCACUGGGCAUACCCACGUAUG